AGGGCGCGGUGUAGUGCGCACGGGGAAUGUCUCGGGCGGCGCCUGCUGGGACGCGCGCUCUCCUUCUCUGGUGGCUGAGUGUGCCGGGUUUGGCUCGCGGCGCGCAGAGAUGGCCGAGCAGUCUGACAAGGAGGUGAAGUACUACACUCUGGAAGAGAUUCAGAAGCACAACCACAGCAAAAGCACCUGGCUGAUCCUGCACCACAAGGUGUACGAUUUGACCAAGUUUCUGGAAGAGCAUCCUGGUGGGGAAGAAGUGCUGAGAGAGCAGGCUGGGGGUGACGCUACCGAGAACUUUGAGGAUGUCGGACACUCCACGGACGCUCGCGAGUUGUCCAAGACUUACAUCAUUGGGGAGCUUCAUCCAGAUGACAGAUCAAAGUUAAGCAAGCCUUCGGAAACUCUUAUUACUACUGUUGACUCUAACUCCAGCUGGUGGACCAACUGGGUGAUCCCUGCCAUCUCAGCGCUGGUUGUAGCCCUGAUGUAUCGCCUCUACAUGGCGGAAGAUUAAACACCGUCUCAGAAGCCAGCACAAGAAAUGACUGCUCUGGACAAGAAGAAAAGCCAAUGUUAACUACUUCAACUGACAGAAACGUCCCCUGAGACAAUAAUUCACUACGUCUGUUAACUUUUCCUCCUGCGUUAGAAACAGAACUGUCCUGUCCUUUUACUCUUGAACUUCCCAAGUGUGCCUUUUUAUUCAUCAACUUUAUUUUGAAGUUUCUCUACAAUGUAAUUUACUUAUUACAAGUAUGAUCUUUUAAAAAUAUAUCUGGAUUUUAAAAUAAUCCCACCAUGUUUGCCUGUCUGUUUGGUAUAUAAUUGUUUUCCUGUUUUUUUUUUUUUUUUUUUGUAGACAAUCUCACUCUGUUACUCAGGCUACAAAAGCAGUGGCAUCAUCCCAUCUCACGGCAACCUCAAACUCUUGGGCUCAAGCCAUCCUCCUGCCUCAGCCUCCCUAGUGGCUGGGACAACAAGAACCCACCACACUGCUUGGCCAAUUUUUUCUAUUUUUAGUAGAGACAGGGUCUUGAUUUUUCUCAGGCUAGUCUUGAACUCCUGAGCUCAAGGGAUCCUCCCCCUGCAGCCUCCCUGAGUGCUGAUUACAACUUGCCCGGCCUGUAAUAGUCUUUAAUGCUUAGAAUCUCUGAUUAUUCAGAAUAAUUAAUAUUACUCCUUGGGUAAUAUUAUUUAUUACCCAAGGAGUCUGCACGAAUUGAGGUAAAGAGCACCCUCAAAUGUCUCUUUGAAUAAUCAAGUAUUGCAUAUUGCCAAUGUAGUUUCUUUUUUCAAGGAAAUCAAAGGUCUGGGAAUUAUAGCUUAAAGAUUUCUAAGAGUUAUUCUACCUGAAAUAGAUGAUAAAAGGAUCUGUGAGACUUCAUAUCUUCUCUGACUAGAAAACACCAGCGACAUGACCUGGGAAGUGUGAGAGGACAUGGUAGCUGUCCUUCUCCUUAGUUUAUAAAUACCAUUCCAAAGAGGCUGUCAGUUUUAUAUAUAGUUUCUGAAGUUUUCAGACUUCCUCAGAGAAGGAAUACUGUUUAUCCUUUGAAGGAGAUACUGAUCUGUAAAAGCAGAUUUGAAGGAGAUUGCGAGACAUUUGGAAUCUGAUUUUUGAAGAAAUUUAGCUGCCAGUGGUGAUCCUCGAGGGAUUCUGCUGUGGCCGUGUUCCUUUCCUCAGGGGAACUCUGGGAGUGACUCAGUCAUCUUGUUUGCCACUUACUCUCUGCCUUAUGCAUUGUUGUUCUUGCUUUUAUUCCUUUUACGUGUUGAAACUUGAGGGAUGAAUGCAUUAGACUACAAGCAACUAUUGUUCACGCGGCUGUGUGUGUAUUCCCACUGGCAUGUGAACUGACCAACGAGCAGUGGAGUUCUUCAGAAAUAACACAGGGGAAGGCAUUUGAUUCUUACAGAGCACAGAUUUUAAUAAUCAACGGCAUGUGCUACCCUUGGCCUGUUUUUGUCACUGAAAGUUAAUUUGAUUUUCAAAAUAAAUUAUAGCACUUGUUAAGGCACCUUAA